AUGGGUAAAUCAACACCUAUAGAACCAGCUCCAGCCUAUGAUGACCUGUUUCAUGAGCGCGGCUCAAGCUCACGAAAUGGUUAUGCUAUGGUCGGUCAAACAGACGAUACCACCGAUGAAACCCGAGACGUGGAACAGGGUCUCCACAUUCAUGGCGUGCCCGCCCCCAUCGAAGUGACAGCGGCUGGUGAGCUGGAUCAACACACUCACUGUGCGGAAUGUGAUCGGCAGCAGGAACGCAGAGAGCGACGGGAGAGUUCCCAGAAAGCAUGUGGCAUGGUUGCGACAACCUUCAUCCUGAUCUCUUUGUUCCUGAUGAUAUUAGGAAUCGUUAUCGUUGGAGCUUGGAAGGAUGUCCGCAUGAAGAAGUCACACGGUUAG